GUGGUAACUUUGAGCAGAGACACGUUCUUGCUCAAGGUUCAGCCAGGAGGCACAUUCAACUGUGCACACACAUACUUUGGAGAAGGACUUAAGCACAGACAACAGAACUACAAAGCCUGCCAGGACGGAGCCCCACUGUAUCUUGAACAGUACCAGGUAGAAACCUGAGAAUUCUGUCCAGUUGCUGAGGACUCUUCCCACUAUGCAGUGGCUUAUGAGGCUCCGGGUGCUCCCGUGCAUCCACAAAUCCUUCCAAACCUUCCAUCGUGUCCCUCCCCAGUUGCGCUGCCAGUCUUUCUCGGAGGUCGGCGCUCCAAUUUGGAAUGACCAUGAUGUACCAAAGGAAUUUAACUUUGCAAGCGACGUGCUGGACUACUGGGCCCAAAUGGAGAAGGAGGGCAAAAGAGGUCCAGAACCAGCUCUCUGGUGGAUAAACACCCAAGGAGACGAGGUGAAGUGGAGCUUCAGAGACUUAAAAGACCUAAGUUGUCGCAUGGCCAACGUCUUCACGCAGACCUGUGGCCUGAAGCCGGGGGAUCACCUCACCUUGAUUUUGCCUCGAGUGCCUGAGUGGUGGCUGGUGGCCCUCAGCUGCAUCCGAACAGGGAUUAUCUUCAUACCUGGGACCACUCAGUUGAAGUCCAAGGACAUUUUCUACAGACUAAAAAUGUCUAACUCUAAGGCCAUCGUAACCACGGAUACUCUUGCCCCAGAGGUAGACUCUGUGGCCUCAGAGUGCCCUGCUCUGAAAACCAAGCUCUUGGUCUCCGAGCACAGCCUUAGUGGGUGGCUGGACCUUCGAUCGCUGACUAAAUCGGCAUCCCCAGAGCACACCUGUAUUAAAUCAAAGACGGAGGAUCCAAUGACCAUCUUCUUCACGAGUGGGACCACAGGUUUCCCGAAGAUGGCAAAACACAACCAUGGGCUUGCUUUGCGCUCCUACCUCCCUACAUGCAGGAAAUUAAUGCAGCUGAAGAAGUCUGAUGUCUUGUGGUGUGUAUCAGACCCAGGCUGGAUUCUGGCUGCUGUUGGCGCGCUGUUUGAGCCAUGGACAACAGGCUCUACACUCUUCAUUCACCACAUGCCCCAGUUUGACCCCAAGGUCAUUAUAAAGGUACUAUUCAAAUACCCCAUCACCCAUUGCCUAGCUGCACCAGCUGUAUUUCGAGCGAUUUUACAGGAGAAAGAUGCCAAUCUCAGGUUCCCCACCCUGAAGUACUGCCACACUGGCGGGGAGUCUCUGCUGGCUGAGGAGUUUGACCAGUGGAAUAAACGAACGGGCAUCCUGCUUCACGAGAUCUAUGGGCAGUCAGAAACGGGAAUUACUUGCGGUGUCUUCCAGGACAUGAAGAUCAAGCCGGGCUCCUUGGGGAAGGCCAUCUCACCCUUCGACGUCCAGAUCAUCGACGACAAGGGCAACGUCCUGCCACCCAACACUGAAGGGAACAUUGGAGUCAGGAUCAAGCCCACCAGGCCUGUAGGCCUCUUCAUGUGCUAUGAGAAUAACCCAGAGAAGACAGCAGAGGUAGAAUGUGGGGACUUCUACAACACAGGGGACAAAGCCAGUAUUGAUUCGGAGGGCUACUUCUGGUUCCUGGGGAGGAAUGAUGAUGUCAUCAACGCCUCUGGGUACCGCAUUGGGCCUAUGGAGGUGGAGAACGCCUUGGCAGAGCAUCCGGCCGUGGCCGAGUCGGCUGUGGUGAGCAGCCCGGAUCCGACGCGAGGGGAGGUGGUGAAAGCGUUUAUUGUUCUGAACCCACCGUUCCAGUCCCAUGACCAAGACCAGCUCAUCAAGGAGCUACAGCAGCACGUGAAGUCAGUGACAGCACCAUACAAGUACCCGCGGAAGGUGGAAUUUGUCCCAGAGCUGCCCAAAACCAUCACUGGCAAGAUCAAACGGCAAGAACUUCGGAGAAGGGAGUUUGGCCAGCAGUAAUCAGCAAUCAAACCAGGACCGUCCACCCCUGACUAUGGGCAAAUUCCUGGCACCCUCCAUUUCCUCGAUAUGCAGGAGACAUGAAGAGAUUGACUUGGAAGGGGCCUCGGGAGAGCUGUGGUCCAACAUGCUCCCCUAUUUAAGUUUAGUACUGCCUUCUCUGAAGUCCUGUUCUUUUAGAGGGCUCAGGCAAGCUCUUAGAUUGGGGUUUCAGGUAAUAAAGUCCUAAUGGCCUCAGUCA